UAAACUCCUCAAUGUGGAUUUGAGAUUACCUCCUUCUGCUCAUAUGUAGCUCUUUUUUCCACCACAUGAAACUACAACAUGCUGCUGAGGAAAUGACUCUUUAAAACCCACCCUGCUUUGAUCCCUUUUUACUCCCGUGUCCCUCUCCUGACGUUGGACUGGAGUCAUGCUGCUGAAACACGCUUCGGAGGACUUUCCUCCAUCUGUCUGCGCGUCAGUGGAAACAUGUUGCAGUGUGAAGGGAGAGGAGCGAGCCUUAUGGAGCCGAGGAGCAGAGGAGUGCCCCGUGGAGGAAGAGGAUAAUUAGUGGAAACUAAAGCAGGAGGGAGACACACACACGCACUGCCACAGACAUGAGUCUACCGAAUAACUGUGUGUAUCUGACCCCUUCGGUUCAGGAUCGCUGCUUCAAAGUGCGGAGCGGGAAUAUCAGUGGGUCACCGUGCGCUGUCAACCGGCCCAUUGACAUCAUUCAGAAACGCAGGCGUUUUGAUGUGGAGAAUGGCCUGUCGGUGGGACGUAGUCCGCUGGACUCUCAGACUAGCCCAGGCUCUGGUCUGGUACUUCAGACCAACUUCCCCCACAGUCAGCGCCGUGAGUCCUUCCUGUACCGCUCUGACUCAGACUUCGACCUGUCACCCAAAACAAUGUCCCGCAACUCAUCCACUGCCAGCGACCUGGAGGAGGGAUUGAAGCAUUGGGAAGUCAAUUGGCUACCUCGGCAUGGAGAAGACAUGAUAGUGACGCCAUUUGCACAAGUUCUUGCCAGUCUCCGAACAGUGAGAAGUAACUUUGCUGUUCUGACACAUCUCCAAGAUCGUGUGGGAAACAAACGGCCAUCAGGCAGCAACCAGCCACCCAUGAGUAAGCCAUGUCUUGCAGAGGAGCCUUAUCAGAAGCUGGCGAUAGAGACACUGGAGGAGCUGGACUGGUGUUUGGACCAGCUGGAAACGCUGCAGACAAGACACUCAGUCAGCGAGAUGGCGUCCAAUAAGUUUAAGAGGAUGCUAAACCGUGAGCUGACACAGCUAUCAGAGACUAGCUGCUCUGGGAAUCAGGUGUCAGAGUAUAUCGCCAGCACCUUCCUCGAGAAGCAACAUGACGUGGAGAUCUUGUCUCCGCCUUCUAAGGAAAAGGAGAAGAAGAAGAGGCCUAUGUCCCAGAUCAGUGGUGUAAAAAAGGCCACACAAAGUCCAAGCUUAGCACCUGCCUGCAUUCCUCGUUUCGGAGUCAACACACCACACGAGAACCUGCUGGCCAAGGAAAUCGAGGAGAUCAAUCGUUGGGGUAUAGAUAUUUUCAAACUAGCAGAAUAUUCAGGAAACCGGCCUCUGACAGUGAUCAUGUACUCCAUCUUCCAGGAGCGAGACCUUCUGAAAACCUUUAAGGUGCCAACUGACAUCUUCAUCACUUUCAUGAUGACCUUAGAGGACCACUACCAUUCAGAUGUAGCUUAUCACAACAACAUCCAUGCAGCCGACGUGGUGCAGUCCACCCACGUCCUCCUGUCCACCCCAGCUUUAGAGUCAGUGUUCACAGACCUGGAGAUCAUGGCCGCUCUGUUUGCCAGUGCCAUCCAUGAUGUAGACCAUCCAGGAGUCACCAACCAGUUCCUCAUAAACACCAGUUCUGAGCUGGCAUUAAUGUACAAUGAUGCGUCAGUACUGGAAAAUCAUCACCUUGCUGUGGGCUUCAAACUACUGCAAGAAGAAAACUGUGACAUCUUCCAGAACCUCAGCAAGAAACAGAGAGACUCCCUCCGCAAGAUGGUGAUCGAUAUGGUGCUGGCCACAGAUAUGUCCAAACACAUGAACUUCUUGGCAGACAUGAAGACAAUGGUGGAGACCAAGAAAGUGACAAGUUUGGGAGUCCUGCUGCUAGACAACUACUCUGACCGCAUCCAGGUUCUACAGAACAUGGUCCACUGUGCUGACCUGAGCAACCCAACCAAACCUCUGGAGCUUUACCGCAAGUGGACAGACCGCAUCAUGGAGGAGUUCUUCACACAGGGAGACAGGGAGCGGGACAAGGGCAUGGAGAUCAGUCCUAUGUGCGACAAACACAACGCCUCCAUAGAGAAAAGCCAGGUGGUCUUCAUUGACUACAUUGUGCACCCUCUGUGGGAGACCUGGGCAGACUUGGUUCAUCCUGACGCCCAGGAGAUCCUGGACACGCUGGAGGACAACAGGGAGUGGUACCAGAGUAUGAUUCCCCGUAGCCCUUCACCUUCAAGCCCUGGGGAGCACCAUGCUGAGGUGGGAGCAGCUGAUGGAGCUGUGGGAGCAGGAGGAGCUAUCUCUUCAGGGGGAGGAGGAGGGGACAAGUUCCAGUUCGAACUCACCCUGGAAGAGGAGGAGGAGGAUGAGGAGGACUUGCAGUCUGAGCUAGAGAGCCCCUUAGAGGAGGAGUUUUCAUCAGGUGGUGAGAGGCAUUGUGACUUCUCCUCCCCUUCUCUGUCUCCAGACCCACGCGGCAGCAGGUACCGCCCUCCAUCACCUCACCCAUCUCGGACCCUGAAUCUGGCUUCCAUGUCAGUGCGGAGCCCCCACCCUAACAGGACGCUUGCUUCCCCGGGCCGGGAAGCUGCUGAUAGGGACAUGGAGCUGAGCCAGGAGGGCGACGGAGUGGCCUGCUUGCGUUUGGGCACGUAAUAACCAGCACAAGCUGCCCUGCCUGACAGACAUGAGUGCUUGGUGUAUGGAGGCGAUGGCAGGGCAAGCCUUUACCAAUAAUGUCUGUAAAAUCACCACAGUCCCUUUACACUGGAGACACCCGCUCUGGAGAACAGAGGAACGUUCUUCCUCUGUGUGUAUUUUUUAUUAUUUCUCAGCAAGAAGAGUCGUUUUAGCCUUUGUCUGAGUGCCUGAGAGGCCUUAAUAUCCUGUCCUGGUUUGCUGUAGCCUCAGUUUGGAGUUUUCCAGACAGAAACUGCUGCAUUCAAACUGGGAAGAGCAGAUCCAAGGCCUGUACUCAAACAAAAGGUAACAUAGGUAAAGGAAAUGUCUUCCUUCAAAAUAACUGUGACGUCUGGACAUGAGCAGCGAAUGAGGAUCACAGUGGUAUGACAGGGUCUUGGAUAUUAUUUUGCACCAUAGAUUUAACUUAGGACAUAAGAAUAUUGAGUCCUUUUUUGGUAUAAGUGAGUAUGAGUCUUCAAGAAUGAUGUGUGAAAUGAAUUAUUUAACCAAAUAGAGGAUGUAGAUGAGCAGCAGGAGAAUCAAUGGACCUUAACCUCAGGGUAUGAAGAGAAACACAAAUCUAAUGUAGCACAGAUGUACCCCUGACUUGACCCCAAACUGUCUUUCUUAUUUGUCUCCAAACCAGAGACAAAUGAGACUCUGUUCAAUGUGUGUGUCUAUAGAUUUACUUACAACCCUUUAAUACAGAAUUUGGCAUUCGAAAUAUCUUAAUAUUUAAACCAGCUUGUAGCGCCACAGAAUCUGACCACUGAAGACUGCACCAAGUCUCACCUGUCGAAAUGGAAAAGACACCACCUCUAUGAUUAUUUAGAGCUUUAUUCUAUUUUUUACCUGAUAUUAUUUGAAACAUUUUAAAUUUUCAUACUGUUCCUUGUUGUUUGCUAGUCUCGUAUGUGUUUAUGUGCUUACAAAAAAAAAAAAAAAAAAAAAAAAAAAAACAAAGAAAUCAUUUCUUAAUCAGGGUGCCUCCGGUCUGUAGUAGCACUUUACCGUCUCUGCCAUUCAGCUCUUCUAUUAAGUCACACAAAGGGCUUCACCCACUGCAGGCCUACUGAUCACAAAAGUGGUACAGGACAUUUGACUACAGGUACCAGAAGGCAGGGCAGGAAACAAACUAAAGUCUCUAAGGAGAAUUUGAUGGACCAUCAUCAAAUUUCCCAUCCUCUAGUGGUCAAUUUUAGGUGUAAAACACACCAUUGGCUCUAAGGAAAGCUUUGUGAGAGGCAGCUCCACAUCUACAGAAGUUUUUUUUUUUUCUCUGUUUCUAGAGCUGCGAGUUCUUAAACUUUCUACUGUUUAAUCAAUAAAGAUGUUUAUUUUUAGUUUAUGGCACAAAUAAGAUCCAGAAAGGAGUCUAAUAAUCAUUUUAUAUAAUGUCAACUUCAAUGUGGAUCCAUAUUUUUCAACGUUUUCUUUUAACCAAAGUGAGGUUUGACAGUGAAACACUGUGCCUUCUGACAAUGCUGUAGCCAGACAUGAUAGAGCUGUUAAAUUAGCAGCACCUCUUCUUUUAAAGACUCUUGUAUCCAGAAUGUCAUUGUGGUAGGUCUGCUGGUGUGAGCUGAGACACCGAACCCUGAUUUUAGUUGUUAUUCAGGGCUUUUUUACAGAGAUUAAGUCUGUGUAAACUGCUAUGUGGCAGUUGUAAAAAAAAGUUGUAAAAAAGAAAGCAUACUCCUCUCACUCCAAAUUGAAAUCUUUUCUAAUUGAAUGAAUAGUAUCUGUCAUGACAAAUAUUGUCAAAAAGUCCAGGAAACCAUCAAACUUAAAAUGAACUGGCACGACUAAGUAUAGUCUUUGUAACAGCUUGGUAACAUCUAUUGUCCACAUCAUUAGUGGCGUCAAUUUAUUAUAAUUAACUGGAGUAGCAUGGUUCCUCCCCCUUAAGGCCAAGCAGUCCAGUUUCUUGCUGUUACACUGAAUUACUUAGUAGUUUCAGAGCAUGCUACCUCAUUUCAGGUGUGUUGUUCAGGGAUAUUUAGAAUAUAUACAGUGGGUAUUAUUGAGUAGUGAAGUGAAAGUAAAUUCUGUUCUUUUUAGAGCUUAAACAGCCUUUUUGUUCUUUUUACCUCAAUGUAAAACAUCUUGGGGUUCAAGAAAGAUUUGCAAAGUUUUUUUAUUGCUGCUGCGAGAAGAAGUUGUGGGAUGACAGUGUCACCUGGAUGGUCCAGUCCGUCAUCCAAACAGAGAUAAUAAAGCUCAUUUCCUUAGUUUUUAAAAGAUUUGAGCACUUGUCAUGGCUAAUCAAUUACAAUUAGAUGUAAAAAACAUUUUUCAAACUCAUUCUGUGAUUGGAGUUUUAAAUCAGUCUCACAUCAAACAUCAACCCCAACUAAAAAACUGAAGUAAA